UUCAGUUUGUGAAGUUUGAAGGGCGGUCAAGAUGAGGAACCUUGUUGUGUUUUCGGUUGUGAUUCUCUUAGCGUUCUCGAGCGCUGAGAAAGUUCGUUUCGAUAACUACAAAGUGUACGUAGUGCAAAUUGAUAAUGAGGAGCAACUGAAUGUGAUGCAUGAGAUUGAAAGGACCGCCUUCUCGAGCUACGACUUCUGGAGGAAUCCUUCCUAUGUUGGAAAUCCCGUUGAAAUUAUGGUAGCUCCCCACAAAUUGUCCGAGUUUGAAGAGAUUAUGGAAUCUCUGAAAUACAACUACAUUCUGAAAAUCGCCAACGUCCAGGAACUCGUUGACAAACAAGAUCCAGCAAAUCAACCAAGGAACACUGGAUUCUGGGAAAGAUACCAGACUAUGGAUGAGAUCAAUGUCUGGAUGGAUCAGAUGCUGACACAAUAUGGAAACGUUUUGACUCCUAUCACUUAUGGAAACAGUUACGAAAUGGAACCUAUUAGGGGCUUUUUGAUGUCUUACAGGUCUGGAAAUCCCGCCAUCUUCAUUGAAUCAAAUAUCCACGCUAGGGAAUGGAUCACUGCUGCAUCAACAACAUGGCUCAUAAAUGAAUUUGUAACGUCAACCGAUCCUGAGAUUCGUCGAAUUGCUGAGAGCUACGACUGGUAUAUCUUUCCAGUUACCAAUCCUGACGGUUAUCGUUAUUCUCACGAAGUCGAUCGCAUGUGGAGAACAACUCGUUCCCAGCACGUAUUGUUUUGCAGGGGAGCUGAUCCUAACAGAAAUUUUGACUACCGCUGGCAAGAUGGAAGUGGACUUGGUGCCAGUAAUGAUCCCUGCUCCCCGGCCUUUGCUGGUCCCUAUCCAUUUUCCGAGGUUGAAACCGGUCAACUUGCUAACUACGUUCUUGAGCGUUUGGAUCAUAUUAAGGUGUAUUUGUCCAUGCAUUCCUUCAGUGAGUUGCUUAUGUACCCAUAUGGUUGGACAUCAGCUCCAGCUGCUGAUGCAGAGAGUCUCAACCAGAUUGGACGUGCUGCAGCCGAUAGACUUAGGGUUCCGUUUGGAACAGAAUACGCCGUUCAUAGCAUAAACAGCCUGGUCCUUGCCACAGGAACCAGUGGCGACUGGGGAUAUGGCGGAGCUGGUAUCAAGCUAACCUACGUCUACGAAUUCCGUGACAACGGAACUCAUGGUUUCCUUCUACCACCGGAACAAAUUAUUCCAAAUUCUAUUGAAGUUAUGCAGUCAUUCAUUGGCCUAAUUGACGAGAGCGAGCGAUUGGCGUUCUCGAGCGCUGAGAAAGUUCGUUUCGAUAACUACAAAGUGUACAAAGUGCAAAUUGAUAAUGAGGAACAAUUGCAUGUGAUGCAUGAGAUUGAAAAGGCCGCCUUCUCGAGCUAUGAUUUCUGGAGGAGUCCUUCCUACGUUGGAAAUCCCGUUGAAAUUAUGGUAGCCCCACAUAAAUUGUCCGAGUUUGAAGAGAUCAUGGAAUCUCUGAAAUACGACUACAUCCUGAAGAUCACCAACGUUCAGGAACUCGUUGACAAGCAAGAUCCAGCAAAUCAACCAAGGAACACUGGUUUCUGGGAAAGAUACCAGACUAUGGAUGAGAUCAAUGUGUGGAUGGAUCAGAUGCUGGCACAGCAUGGAAACGUUUUGACUCCCAUUACCUAUGGAAACAGCUACGAAAUGGAACCUAUCAGGGGCUUUUUGAUGUCUUACAGGGCUGGAAAUCCAGCUAUCUUUGUUGAAUCUAACAUCCACGCUAGGGAAUGGAUCACUGCUGCAUCAACUACUUGGCUCAUCAACGAAUUCGUAACGUCAACCGAUCCUGAGAUUCGUCGAAUUGCUGAGAGCUACGACUGGUACAUUUUCCCAGUUACCAAUCCUGAUGGUUAUCGUCAUUCCCAUGACGUCAACCGCAUGUGGAGAACAACUCGUUCCCGCCACGGACUGCUAUGCAGGGGAGCUGAUCCCAACAGGAACUUCGGGUACCGCUGGCAAGAUGGAACUGGACCUGGUGCUAGUGACAACUCCUGUUCCCAGAUCUUUGCUGGUCCUUAUGCCUUCUCUGAACUUGAAACCGGUCAACUUGCUAAUUACGUUCUUCAGCGUUUGGAUCAUAUUAAGAUGUAUUUGUCUAUGCACUCCUUCAGUCAACUGCUGUUGUACCCAUAUGGUUGGACAUCAGCUCCAGCAGCUGAUGCAGAGAGUCUCAACCAGAUUGGACGUGCUGCAGCCGAUAGACUUAGGGUUCCCUUCGGAACAGAAUACGCAGUUCACAGCAUGAACAACCUCUACAUUGCUACGGGAACUAGUGGAGAUUGGGGAUAUGGCGGAGCUGGGAUCAAACUAACUUACGUCUACGAAUUCCGUGACAACGGAACUCAUGGUUUCCUUCUGCCACCAGAUCAAAUUAUUCCUAAUUCUAUUGAAGUUAUGCAGUCGCUGAUUGGUAUGAUUGACGAGAGUGAGCGAUUGGGCCAUUUGUAA